AUGGCGGUUGGAAAGAACAAGAGAUUGUCGAAGGGCAAGAAGGGCCUGAAGAAGAAGACCGUCGACCCCUUCACCCGCAAGGACUGGUUCAGCAUCAAGGCCCCUACCACCUUCGCCCACCGGGAUGUCGGCAAGACGCUCGUCAACCGGACCACCGGUCUGAAGAACGCCAACGAUGCCCUCAAGGGCCGUGUCGUUGAGGUCUCCCUCGCCGACCUGCAGAACGAUGAGGAGCACUCUUUCCGCAAGAUUAAGCUCCGCGUCGACGAGGUUCAGGGCAAGAACUGCCUAACCAACUUCCACGGCCUGGACUUCACGUCCGACAAGCUCCGCUCGCUCGUGCGCAAGUGGCAGUCGCUGAUCGAGGCCAACGUCACCGUCAAGACCACCGACGACUACCUGCUGCGCCUGUUCGCCAUCGCUUUUACCAAGCGCCGCCCCAACCAGAUCAAGAAGACGACCUAUGCCGCUUCUUCGCAGAUCCGCGCCAUUCGGAGAAAGAUGACCGAGAUCAUCCAGCGCGAGGCCAGCAGCUGCACUCUGCAGCAGCUGACGGCUAAGCUGAUCCCUGAGGUCAUCGGCCGCGAGAUUGAGAAGUCCACCCAGGGCAUCUACCCCCUGCAGAACGUCCACAUCCGCAAGGUUAAGCUGCUGAAGCAGCCCAAGUUCGACCUGGGCGCCCUUCUGGCCCUGCACGGCGAGUCCGGCGGUGGCGAGUCUGGCGAGAAGGUUGACCGGGAGUUCAAGGAGGUCGUCCUCGAAGAGAUUCUCAUCAUCGGGCCCUCCAAUGUGGGCAAGUCAGCAUUGCUCAAGCGAUACUGCGAUGACGAUUUCGAUCCGAACGAUUCCGCAGCUACCAUCGGAAUCGACUUCCGCGCUGGCCAGGAACGCUUCCGGACUCUGUCUACUAGCUACUACCGCGGCGCCCAUGGCAUCAUCUUCGUCUACGACCUCACCAGCCGCCCCACGUUCGCCCAGAUGGACACCUGGUUCGCUGAGGCCGAGGCCAACACAAUCGCAGCUGCGGGACCAAAUAUGCCGCCAUGUCAGUAUUGCCUCGUCGCAGCCAAGGCCGAUCGUGCCGACACCAGCCGUGUCGUAUCGACCGAGGAAGGCCUGGCCUUGGCACGCAAGUACAGUCCCCCCACGGCGGAUGAAGCCGAGCCGCUCUUCUUCGAGACAAGUGCUCGCACCGGCGACAACGUGCGUGGUCCCUUUCUGGCGCUAGUGGACCGCAUCGUGACAUCCGGAAUGGCGGCUGGCUCGACGUCGACAGCAGCCCCAGCUGCGAUCGUGUCUUUAGGAGACGCAGGCUCGACAGGCCCUGAGGACAACUCUGGUUGCGCAUGUUGA